CUCAGUUUCUCCUCCAAGCAAUGUGAACCAUCCCGGCGCGGACCCGAGUUCUGGUGCGGGGCACACACGCAAUCGUCGGGACUGGCAAAGUUCUCCCUUUGUAAGGCCCCACCCCGGGCCAAGAGCACACAGUAGGCGCUCCGGAAAUGCUCUCCGAAAGGAGGAGCGGGCCACUUCCUGCCCCUAAGCGGGCUGCGGGAGCCCAGGUCCCACCGCUUCCCUCCCGAGGCCAUGUGGCAUUCCUGAGGCUCACCUAAGAUCCAGCCUAGCUCCUAGGCACCAUGUCGGACAGUGAUCUGGGUGAAGAUGAAGGCCUCCUCUCCCUGGCGGGCAAGAGGAAGCGCAGGGGGAACCUACCCAAGGAGUCCGUGAAGAUCCUCCGGGACUGGCUGUAUUUGCACCGCUACAACGCCUACCCCUCAGAGCAGGAGAAGCUGAGCCUUUCUGGACAGACCAACCUCUCAGUGCUGCAGAUAUGUAACUGGUUCAUCAACGCCCGGCGGCGGCUUCUCCCAGACAUGCUUCGGAAGGACGGCAAAGACCCUAAUCAGUUCACCAUUUCCCGCCGUGGCGGUAAGGCCGCAGAAGUGGCCCUGCCCCGUGGUAAUAGCCCCUCAGUGCUGGCAGUGUCGGUACCUGCCCCCGCCAAUGUGCUCUCUUUGUCUGUGUGUUCCAUGCCGCUCCACACAGGCCAGGGGGAAAAGCCAGCAGCCUCCUUCCCACCAGGGGAGCUGGAGUCCCCCAAGUCCCUAGUGACCCCUGGUAGUACACUUGCCCUGCUGACCAGGGCUGAGGCUGGGAGCCCCACAGGUGGACUUUUCAACACACCACCGCCCACACCCCCAGAGCAGGACAAGGAGGACUUCAGCAGCUUCCAGCUGCUGGUAGAGGUGGCGCUGCAGAGGGCUGCCGAGAUGGAGCUUCAGAAGCAGCAGGACCCAGCACCCCCGUUGCUGCAUACUCCAAUCCCUUUAGUUUCUGAGAACCCCAAGUAGGCAUCUGCUACAGGGGUGCUCAAGGCUCAAGCCAGGUGUUCUGGGUUCCUGGUUCGCUUCCCUUCCAUACAGAGGGUUUUCUAUGGAUCACUGCCAAGCAUCGGUAUCAUCUCCUCUGUCCAGAAGUCUUCAGCAGGAAGAUGCCAGCUAGUGUCACUGCGUUGUGACAGGGACCUCUCUGCUGACUGCCUUGUCUCCAGUCGUCCUCAGUGAUGAGACCAAGAGAUUGGAGAUAGGCAUGGUGCUGCUGCUGCUCCUCCAGAGAAUUCCUGGGACCUUUUGUUCCAGCCUGCUUUCCUUGGCUGGGCUCAGAAAACCUGCCAAGUUCAGACCUAUGCUGGGUCCAUGCUGCUCCUGAGCUGUGCCUCUGUCAAACCAGGUGUGGACAUUCCAUGUUCAUAAGUGUGGGCAAAAGAAGAGGGAUCCAGCACAUUUAACAGCACCGACUCCAGUUGAAUGUUUAGAUUUUUGCUAAACUGUUUAUUUUUCCUCUUUUGCUGUGGUUUGCAUUAAUUGCAGGAGUGGGGAAUGAGAGUGCAAGAUGGCAGAUGGAGUCUAAUCCUCCACUGUGAAUGAUUUCAUGACUGCAACUGGGGGUUAUUGUACAAGGGAGGAGUAUUUUUAUUUGGGGGACCAGCUAAAUCUCUGCAAAAUGAGAAAUUCCAAAUGGUUGUUUUAUUGUUCCUUUGGUUUACCAAAAAGGUGGGGCAGAAAAAGAAAUUUGGCAUUGGCUCUUUUGCAUCAGGCACAGAAGGGCGUAGCCACAGCCAAGAGAGAGUACAGCAGAACCUGACUCAACCUAGACAUAGAGCAGAGAAAGGUGAUAAAACCAGAGAUUUGUUUUUACUCUGUUUUGGGGUGGGGGUGGGGGAGUAAGCUAGACUGAAGCAAUGGGCUAUUUUUUUUUCCCUUCUUCCCCUUGUUAAUACUCCCCCCCACCCUUUUUUUUUUUUUUUUCCUUGAAGGCUUUGCCCUGCAGCCUGAGUUUUAAAAUUCCUUUGGAAACUUGGGACUGGAAUAUUAGAAGCUCCCAGCAUCUCCACUUGGGGAGCAGUGAGCCAUCUGCUGGUCAGGAAGUCCUUCUAGCUACUAGAACAGGCAGCUUUUCCCACAAAGGUGGUAGAAGCUAUUCCUGGAAGAAGCAGGGAAUUUCCUGCAGUGGGGCUGGAAAUGGGCCAGAAACGUAGUUUUUGUGUCUUUGCUUCACCUUUCUUUAACCUGGAGUUGCAAAGGCCCGGCCUGAGUUUCCCAAUGAAACAUCACAAUUGGUCUUCACCCCACCACCCUUUAUUUUGCUGUUUCAUUGCUGAUAGUGUUCAACAGCAGUAUAUCCCAUCUUUAUAUAUCUUAAGAAACACUAAUCCUAGACUUUUAUUAGCCAAAAUAUUUUUGUUCUGAAUAACAUUGUUACUGGGCCAAAAGAUAGGCCAGGAGCCCUGGCCUGUUGUAGUUUCCUGAAAUUGCUAGGUUGGGCAUGAGGGGAAGGGGUUCCUGGGUCUUGACUGACUUGGCCACAGCAAGGGCAUAUACUUUGUCCUUUUUCGGGAGAUCCCUGACACCCUCAGGGAGGUUCCCCUACCUCUCCUGAAUGACUUGGCCCGUCCCUUACAGUGGGCAUGGGAAUAGGUUACUUACAGAAAGGGAGUUUUGCCCUCUGUAGAUGGGCAGGUUUCCUAGGCUCUCUGUUCUGCCUCCCUCCAGCCUCUUUGCUGCAGGGAACUGGGUAUCUUCACCCUCAUCAGACCCAGUUGGGGAAGGUCAACAUGGCAGCUUCCAAGUUAGCUGACGCUCUGAAGCUACUGUGCUUCCAUCUCUCCUACCCCAGUGGUGUCUGUGAGCCCAGAUCUAAUGUAACUCCUACAGUAGGUGACUCAGUGUAUUGGGUUGGAGUGGGGUUUUCCUUUCCUGCAGUGCACUGAACUGUGAGGGGAGAGGGGGCCAUGCUGCUGAAUUCUGUCUGGCAUUCCCUUCUUGUGUAAAAUGGGGCCUCUGGGGAUAGGGCAGCCUCUGCUUGGGUUUGGUUGUAAGUAAACCUGGAGGAUAAAGCACAGUUGUCCCAUUGAAUUAUUUGAGCAAAAAACUACUGUAAAUAACUUUUGUUUUUGUCUUUUGUCAAAUAAAGUUGUUCUGUUUUUGUUUAUUUUUAAAAUGUAA